AUGAAUAUAUAGUUUGGCCUCAAGAAGAUUAUAGAAAUGAAGUACAUAAAGGAUUUGAAAGAUUUGGAUUUCCAAUGGUAAUUGGAGCAAUUGACGGUUCUCAUAUACCAUUAAUGGAAGCGCCAAGUAAAAUUAAUAAAGACUUAUAUAUGUCUCGUAAACAUCGAUAUAGUAUUCAUCUACAAGCUAUCGUUGAUCAUAAGGGGUAUUUUACUUGUUAUGAAAUAGGUUGGCCUGCUUCAGUUCACAAUGCAAAAGUAUUUAAAUACUCAUAUUUAUAUAGAAAUAAUAAUCUUUUUUGUAAAAAUGAAGAUUAUUUAUUGGGCGAUUCUGCAUAUUCUUUAUUAACAUGGAUAAUAACACCUUUUAAGGAUCCACAAGGUCCAGAUACACAAAAACAAAAAUAUUAUAAUACUGUUCAUAGUAAAACGAGAGUUGUUAUUGAGCAAGCAUUUGGUAGAUUAAAAGCUAGAUUUUCUUUUUUAAAAUGUAUGAAAUUAAAGGAUACAAUGAAAGGAACGGAUAUAAUUGAUAUUUCUUUUAUUUUACAUAAUUUUGUAGAAAAAAAUAAUGAUACGUGGGAAGAAAAUGAUAACGAUAAUGAAAUUGAUGAUUUUGAAUUAAUUUAUAAAUUAGAUGAAGAUGAAGAUUUAAUAAAUAGAAAUAAUGCAAUAACCAAACGGCAAAACCUAUUAGAAUAUAUUUAUAUGAAUAUGUAA